AUGGUUAAUGCCCUUCAAACUAUAGGGGACACACAGUGGUCCAUGACACGUCAACCCCCCCCCCCCGACACCCGCGCGACUAAUGCCCGCGAUCCGCCUCCUGCAGGCUUCUUCAACCCGAACGUGGACCCGCUGGGUCGCGCCACGGUGGCCAACUACGGCCUCAUGGACCAGCUGGCGGCGCUGCACUGGGUCCAGGAGAACAUCGUGCGCUUCGGCGGCGACCCCGGCCACGUCACCGUCAUGGGCCACGGCACCGGCGCCGCGUGCCUCAACUUCCUCGUCAUCUCGCCCGCCGCCGCAGGAGCAGGACUUUUCAAGCGAGCCAUCUUGAUGUCGGGAUCGGCGCUGAGUCCCUGGGCCGUGGUGCAGGAACCAGUGUACUACGCGGUGCAGGCAGCGCGACAACUGGGCUGCGAAGUACCGGACGACCUGUACCGGCACUACGAGACCCUCCUACACUGCCUCAGGGACCGCACCGUCGACCAGAUCCUUCAGGUCGAGCUCGAGACGCCGCAGUUCCUGUCGGCCGUCGGGCCCAGCGUCGACGGGGUCACCAUCAGGCACGACUGGAAGCAGAUUCACACGAAGAUGGGUAAGGACAGAGGAGGGGGAUUCAGAGGAAUUCCGGGCACUCAAAUAUUGGCUUUAGUGAAGUGGGACGUAAAAAUGCCGUAG